GUUUGUUUGAAAAAUCGAUAGCACAAGUUCUGUGCUUUUUAAUUAAAUAUUAGGCUUUUACAUCGCAUGAAUCGCAAAGAUGGACACAGAUUUUAGGGAAAGGCUCCAACGUAACGAGGAUAUAUACCUAAAAACGAUUUCUGACAUCUGUUCAAAGUACUCCAAGAUUGAAGAUGGGGGGGAUGAAGUGAACUUAACCACCAUGACCUACAAAACGGCAGAUGGGAAAGUACGACAAUAUGGAACUGCGGAAGAGAGACGCCUGCAUUCCUUACAGGGAAUUGCAAAGGGAAACACUGCUCCGGACAAUAUGGAGGACAUUGAUGAGAAUGAAGACAAGGAGCAUGAAACUGCAAUGGACAGUCAUCUAGGGGCUUCAUUCUUGGAGUGUUCGCGAGCCUCCUCUUCCUCCAGCAGUGUGUUGGAUUUGCCGUUGCCGGAGGAUCAGGACCCGGAGCUGGAGCAGACCUUCAGCAGCCAGAGCGAGGGCCCCACCCUGCAGGACUUAUAUCCUGGCAUGAUCAGCCAGUUUGCCGGGGCCUUUCAUCGCGAUUGGGUGUCCGAGGGGGCAGAUGCCGUGCGCCGGAAGUACCAGCGCCACAAGGCCAAGCAGCAUCUCAGCUCUCGACCGGGCUUCAGCUCUGUGAACAGCUCUGUUUGUGGGUCAGUCACCUCUCGUCAAGUCGCUGCACAGCCAAAACAACGAAGGCCUCCGCAACAAGGUACCUCUGCUAUGCCUUGGAGGGUCCCCACUGGGACCCCCUCACACACUGUCCAAACUCCGGGCCAUAGGGACAGCCCAAGGAAACAUGUGAACACUCAAGGUCCCGUGCUGAUCAUGGACUCCAGCCUCACCACCUCACCGCCCUCCUCUGACUCCUCCCCUGACACCUCCCCUGACGCCUCCCUCAACUCCUCCAUCAACCAGACGUACCUAACGAGGAGCCCCCCACCCGUGAGUUCCGGUGCCCAACACCAGUCGUCGUGGCAGCAGGGCAGAACGGCCGCGCACAGCUACUCUGCUGCUGCUUCACAUUUGCAUCCAGACGUCGGUCCUGUCAGCAGCAGCAGUAGUAGUAGUAGUGCUGCUGUCGUGGAAAAUCGCGGCUUGUGGCUCAGUAGAGGGGACGAGAGUAGUCGUCAUCACUCCCCUGCCAAGGCCAGCCCACUUGCUCAAUCCGCAACCGGCCCCUUUGUUGCCGGACAUUAUAACCCAGCGGCGGCAGCGCAGCGCAAGCACUGGGAGGGUCCCCCAGGGUCUUCCUCCUUCAGAGUGGAUGCUUUGCAGAACUCGCCGUCCAAUCGUGGCUAUCGCUACGGUGGCUACGGUGGUUCAACCGAAAACUAUCCCUCUCCACGCCACCAGGAGGAGACAGCGAGCACGAGUUGGCGCUAUCCGCAUCCUCAGCGGGGUGCCAUGCAGGAGGAAACGGGCUACUCCUCCUCCUCAGCAGCCAACCAAAAGGCUUCGUGGCGCUCCCCUGUCCGAGGAGGUCCCAUCAUCAGCAUUCAGCAGCAGCAGCAGCAGCAGUCGUUGAAUAAGAAUCCAACUCCUCCUCAGACGUCGUCUCUCCAACAGCCAGAUCUUGUGAGGUGCUCGUCCAGGAGAGACCCUGUAGAAGCCAUGCACAUGCACAGCAGCUCUGCUUCACUCUCCUGUCCGGACGUGGGCAUGGACAUGGACGCCAGCUGGUGUCCUUCCGUCGUGGAGAAUCGCAGUCCAGACAAACAGAGAUGGUGGCAGCCAAGGAGCAGCAGCAGCAGCGGCGUUGGCGGCCUUCAGAGCAAUUUUCCUCGUCACUCUCCUGCCAAGUCUAGCCCUGCUAAGCCCUCAGGCUUCUAUAGGCUCCACAGUUCCCCGUCCAAAAGGCCCUACUCCUAUUCCUCCUCCUCCUCAGUGCAGGAGAAUCGCAGCCCACACAAGCGGUGGUGGCCAAGCAGCGGCGGUGUUGGCGGCGGCGGCGGCGGCUGCCUUCAGAGGAGUUCUUCUCGUCGCUCCCCUUCCAGGAAGUCCAGCCCUGCAAAGGCUGCAGGCUACCACGGGCUCCACAGCUCCCCUUCCAAAAGCACAAGGCCCCCCUCCUCCUCCUCCUCCGUGCAGCCCAGACGCCCUGAGAGCUACCGGGCAUCCUCGAUGCACCAUCACCAAAGCCAGAAGAACGGCAGGCCCUCACCAAGCCACCAGAGGGCGCUGCACUCCAGCUGGAGCCCUAGCUGGAGGUCCAGCCCCAGCCCCAGCCUCCAUGCCCGCCAGGUGGCUCCAUCUCUGGCCUCCUCCUCCACCACUACUGCUGUCCCUGGUUCUUCCCCUGGUCGUCGACUGUCCAACAUGCAGGACAUCAACCGGCAGUUCCAGGAGCUGUACCACAGGUACAUCUGCCUUAAGGAAAGCGUGUCAGACUCGCCGAACCUCAGAAGCGGCUCCUCCACUUGCCUGUGCGCCCCGAGCGGCGUUGGAGUUGGAGUGGGGCUCAGCAGCCCUACGUCCAGAGCCAGGCUCCCCUUGAUCCACACCAACGCAGCCAAAACAGCCAGCUCUCCUGGCUCCACCAGUGGCUCCAGUUCCAGGCUGGCGGGUCUUUCCCUCACCCCGGUCCGAAGACGCCGCCGCCUCCAUUCGGAGCGCAAGACCAGCCUGCUGAGGCGCGUCCAGACACUUCGUCAGGAAAGCUGUCCGCCGGGACAACUAGGGGGACAACCACGCAACCCCAUCGGCGGUGGUGGCCAGCCAUGGCCCGGCUGUUCCCCUGCGCACUCCUCCUCCUCCGUGCGGACCGACCUGGACCUCAAGCACUUCUCUCUCACACCUCUCUCCCACCACCGGCUGAGCAAGCGCCGCAUCCCAUCUGAAUCACAGCACUCUCCCAGCCUCAAACGCUUCCGCGAGGGUGUCCAGAGUCAGUCAAAGGCUCGCAGCGACUCUGCGCAGUCACACCACGAGCCGCAGUAUUGGGGAGUGGAGGACGACAAUGAAGAUGAGGAAGAGGAGGAGGAUGCGAUGGCCACUGUGGAGAAUGAUCCGCCAAAGCACUACCCAGAGGAGAGCCGGCGUCGCCACAGUAUAGCGCUCCUGCUCCACCACUGCCCCAGCCCCAGGCUCCUCAUGGCUGCCAGGAGACUCUCCAGGGCUGGACGAGGCUCCAGGUCUGGCUCCCCGAUCACCUCGGACUGGAAAAGGCGGCUUGAUAAUCUUAAAGCGAAAGGAGGAAUAUCAGUGAAUUCUCUCAGUGAAGGCUCUUCUAAUGAAAGUGGGAUAUCACCCAGCUUAUCCAGAAGACGGCUCACAUACAACGGGCAUCAAUGCUGAGCCUCUGCACUGAAGGUUAAGUUGGGCCAGCGUGUGGACACUGCCGACAUGUCAUGCUAUGAAAUGUAAUGAAAAAAUGCCAAUGAUGGCAUUCCAUAAUAACUUAAUGUUUUUAUUUCAAAUAUAAUGUAUAUUAUUGUUGGUGAUUUUGGAAACAUUUGACACGGUUUCAUUUGAUAUUAAAACAUUUCUUUGAA